ACUCGGCCACGUUGAUAUAUCACAAAUAAAGGUAAAAGCCACAAAAUAGAAUUCGAUUUUGGAGUGAUUCUCCGGCGACGAUAAGCUAAAAAAAGAGAUAGAAUGGGAAGGUCACUAAUUUUCUCGGGAAGCAUGUCAAUGAGAAUCUCUCAAUCAUCUCUCCCUCUCACAACCCCAUUUUCAUGCCGAGCAGUAGUAACCAGAGAUUUCCGACAUGGAUUGUUGUGUUCAACGAUUUCGUCUAACAGCUCCACGACAAGACUCCGAACAAAAGCUGUUCUGUCUGAUCAGAAGCAGCAUUAUCCCAGAAUCGGCGCUAAAACCACCGGACCUAUCUCCCCGGCACAUCUCCUUCAAGUCGUCGAAGCCGCCGCUAAAACCGGAGCAGAGGUGGUAAUGGAAGCUGUAAACAAGCCAAGGAAUAUCACUUAUAAAGGCCUUAGUGACCUUGUAACUGAUACUGAUAAAGCAAGCGAGACUGCUAUUUUGGAGGUAGUGAAAAAGAAUUUCAGUGAUCAUCUUAUCCUUGGUGAGGAAGGUGGUAUCAUCGGCGAUUCCUCUUCUGAUUACCUCUGGUGCAUCGAUCCUCUUGAUGGAACAACCAAUUUUGCUCAUGGAUAUCCCAGUUUUGCUGUUUCCGUUGGUGUUCUCUAUCGUGGAAAUCCCGCUGCUGCUUCUGUGGUAGAGUUUGUUGGUGGUCCAAUGUGCUGGAACACUCGAACCUUUUCUGCUACUGCAGAGAUUCUCUAUCAUAAUAUUUUCUUUCAACAACGAGCUUCUUCAUCAGACGAGACCUCAAAGUCCAUUGACACCAACGAACUCUUUAAUGACUUGAAGGAAAAGUGGGAUGGUCUUGAGAACAAGACAACUGUGGUUAUCUACGGAGGAGGAGCCAUUGUUGCUGUUUGGUUAUCUUCCAUUCUUGUUGGUGCCAUCAACUCUGUUCCUCUGCUUCCGAAAGUUAUGGAGCUUGUUGGUCUCGGGUACACAGGAUGGUUUGUCUACAGAUACCUUCUCUACAGAUACCCCUCCCGGUUAUCCCCAACAUUGAGAAACUUUAAACCGAUAUCUUCAUAUUGUGUGUCAAAGUGUUGUUGUUAGGUUGUUAUAUUGUUGUCAGCUAUCUUCUUCCUCAGCUAUGGGGUUGCUUUUUGCAAGUAUCAGUACUCUGUUAAGCUUUGGAAUCAUCUGGUGCGUUGCUUUGUCUUUUGGUGUUGCUCUCACAGAUUGAGAUUUCUAUGAUAUUUGAUUGAUUUCUUGUGUUAGAGCCUCUUGAGUUUCAAAUUGUGUGUGUAUUUAUUUAGCUGAAUAA